CACCUAUUCCUCCAUGUAAACCUCGUUUCAUUCCCAUGGCCAUGACUCGACCCCCGUCGAAGCUUAGUCACGUGUCUACAGCUGUUUUGCAGUCGUUCUAAGUGUUUCAACUUUGGGGGCUAAAAGGGCCAAAUCUUAAUGUGACGAUUUGGACUUGACAACACGUAUAUCGCAAGAUGAAUUUCCUUGCAGGUGAGGCUUAUACUAUAAUAGCCUCUCUGACGAUCUCGGGGCAAGAUGCUGAAAUAUCAUAUCCCCUGACCGCAUUUGCAAACGCUCGUGCACAACCGUUCACGGUUUAAGGAGCGGAGACUUGUCAAGCAUCCAGCAAAAUGUCCACCGAAGAGUUCCGGCACGAACGCCUCAAAUUAUCAGGCACUUUCAUGCGCCUGCUACAGAUCCAAGGCGGCACCAAGAAAGACGCCCUCAGCCUACGCAUCACGCAGUACGCCAUUCACCGGCGUCCAGCGUACAUCGCAAUCUCAUAUACAUGGGGCAAUGCCGCCGACACCCAUCUCGUGCGCGUUAAUGGUCGGCCAUUUCGCGUCCGGAGUAAUCUCUGGCACUUACUGUGGCAUUUACGACAGCGCGGUGUGAGUCAGUUCCUGUGGAUAGACGCUUUGUGCAUCGACCAGGCGAAUCUCGAGGAGCGCAAUUUCCAUGUCCAGCUCAUGGGGAAGAUCUAUGAUAGCGCGGACAGGACGAUCGUGUGGUUGGGUCUGCCGUCGGAGGAUAGACGGCAGGCCCGCGCGCUGGAGUUUGUUGGCGAGAUGGCGACCACGAUUCGAGGUAAGCAGGGGUCCGCAAGGUUUAGGGAUGUUUAUCUUAGUGACAAAUAUGCUGCGCGAUGGAUGAAUUUGGUUGGAUUAUGCCACGGAGUGUAUUGGACGCGAACGUGGAUUAUACAGGAGUUUCUGCAGGCGAAGGAAGUCGAGGUUGUUUGUGGGACGGCGAGCCUGGACUGGAAGGAUUUUGAGGAUGUGGUGAGAACGAUGAGAGCGAUAGACUUUCGGGAAACGGAAAAGCCAGCGUUUAUGGACCUGUUUGCGCAUACGCUACCGGUGAGAUUGACUGCGCGGAGGAUCUCGCAUACUGAGUCGACGCUGGAGGAGUUGCUUGCUGAGUUUUAUGACUCGAGGUGUGCGGAGCGGAGGGAUAAGGUCUAUGGGAUGCUCGGGAUUGCUGAUGAUUGCGGCGAGAAUGAGACGGGGUCAUACAGAGGGCCCAAGCCGGAUUAUUCAAAGAACAUUGUUGAAGUCUUCUUUGAGGUGUUUAAGUAUCUGCGUCCGAGUGAGGCGCGGAAGCAUUUGUCGGUGCAGGGUGUUUGUCUGGCGGUACGGGCACUCGGGAUUACGCAAGCUGAUAUCGAAGGCUAUGUGGCUUCUUUUGCGGGCCGUAUGGCGAGUCUUGAGGCUGUCUUGUCCGAAUUGCAGUGUCCACUCACCCCGGACUAUGUGAACAUUGUUGAUGAGGUUCUGCCUGGGUGGACGAGCAUUCGCGAUCUCAGACAGCGGCUGGAUCAGGUCGAUUGGGCAAAGUAUGUCGGACAUGAGGUCAAGCGGAAGGUCUCAAGAAGUGCAGCUGACUCGUUGCAACGCACGGGGUCUGGAGGGAGGCAGACAGAGUAUGUACGCUCUCCAUUGCCUCCGGAUCUGGUUGAGAACGUUGUUCAGGCUGCGUCGCAAAGCGAAGAUCUUUUGCAUUUGUACAAUUAUUCUCUGGCCAGCGAGUGUGUCAUUCCCCUCGAGGACGUGUUGCUGCACGAGGAGGAUAAAAGGAGAGCGAACAACACAGGACUGACGAAGCCGUCGAUCGUGAUCGAGUCAAACCUGGACCGAGACGUCGAGCCAGUCAGAUUGGGAUUUGCCUGUACGGAUGUUCGUGCAGGCGACUUGAUAUGCCAGUUUCGUGGGGUAGACAUAGCGAUCAUUGCGAGACGGGUGGCUGGAGGUCUGAAGAUUGUGGGCCGAGCAAGAAUGGUAGGACAUCAAGGACUGAGAGAAGAAGGGGCGGCGCAUCCAGGGUGCAGGAGUCGAAAAGGGCCUGGUUCAGGAAGGAUGUGGUCUGGUCUGGUCGGAUCAACUGAAGGCAAUUCUCGAGAUACCGAUAAUGAGCAUGAGUGGACAAUGCAGACAGAUCCAAUGAGUCUAUGGGAAUUACUUGCGCCAGGAUGAGCCAAGUAAGGAAGAUUCGAAUAAGAGCGAUUGUUUCCGUGGACGGGGAACCACGAAGUCGUGAGAAGGAUGGAAAGAAACCCUUUUUGGCGGCGAGAUACGCAUCACCAGAAGAUGCUCUCCAUGACAAACAGGAGUUAUGAAAAACCUUCGAUGAUCCCAGGGCAGCAAAGGCUGUGCGGUAGAUGGUCAAACUCGCGACGGUACAG